CAACGAGUGAAGAUGGAGUAUUUAGUAUAGUGGGAGUAAAUGGAAAUGAAAUGGGAGAAAACAAAAUUAUAUUGGGAGAUAACGAAAUUAAAUUGGGAGAAAGCGAAAUUAAAUUGGUAUCAAAUGAGAUUGUAUCGGAUGAUGAAAUUAAUGUGACAAAUAGUGAGGACUCGUUUGAAGCGUCUUUAGAUACCGAAGCGAAAUUGUUUGUACUACUGGAUUCUUAUUAUAAAAUCACUUUGACAUCUUACAACUCUAUGGCUGCUACGGGCAGCGGAUCGAGACAUUGCUUUAUUUGUAAUACAGAAGUUGAGCCUGAUGUUUUCAAACAGCACAUAGAUCAUCAUGAUCAUAAGAAUAACAUGCAGAAAUAUAAAUUUCUGGAUAAAUACAAGAAUAAUUUAAUUAGACAAAGCCGCCUGACCUACCACUGUGCCAUAUGCAAUGUUAUUGUCUACCGUUCUGAUUUACCUGCACAUUUAGAAUGCAACCCUCAUAAGCAACUUAUGAAACAAAAUAGCGCCAUUACGAAAAAACAACGCAAAAACCAAAUGAAAGCUGGCCUCGCACUAUAUAAAGUUGAAACACAAAACGAAGUUAUAUACAAAAAAAUGAAAGAAAAACAAAUCAUAUUCCAUUUGAGAGCUAUUAUCACAGACUGACACUGAUCAUCCGCAACCUCCUAGGGGGGUGAAGGUUGGAGCCUCGGGGCGAACCCCUUUGCUUCGGCAACCACGGGGGCAACCCCAGUAAUACUUUUAAAGUAGACAUAACCAAAUUUAAGAAGUAAUGCCAUGCUUCGAGACCAAUGUGUUUUGAUAAUAAUAAUUGCAAAUCCCCUCCUCUACAAUAGACCUAUUACAAAAAGCCGUCACUCUCAACACAUGCCGUAUUGUACGGAUAUUUCUGUCGUCUUCACUUUCAUCAUCCUUAAAUAACUUUUAAACUCAUCCACGCUUGGCUAAGGCCCGCGUGCUUGAUUGUAU